CAAGGAUAAACUAUUGUAUUCAUUUGAUUUUAUUUAACCUUUAUUUAUCUUGUCAAGACAGAUUAAGAACAAAAUGUUUAUUGUCAACUGUAGCCUGGUAUUUUACAGGUUUAUCAUUGUUUUUCCACACAAAUGCAACAAGUAAUAAGAUAGUGUACGGAAUAUUAAAAUAUAUAUAUAUUAAAAACAAACUCUGUCACAUUAAAACUUCAUUAAAUUUUGAGUUAGAGGAAGACCAAUAUAAUAUUUUGUGGUAAAACAUGAGAUAAGUGAAUCUACACUUUUGCUUCCACUGUAAAAUAAACACCAUACAUAAAGUUAAUAAAGUUACAUUCACAGUUCUUUGUCUUUUUACGCAGCGACCUUGGAAAAUGUUGAAAUGACUGUACCGCUUUUUGAUUUUUUUAAUAUAUUGCAAAAAUAUUUUUACAUUACUAAGGAGGUUACUAAAUUAGACAGAAGUUAUGCUCCUCAGAGGUCAAACCAUAUAAAAUUGUUGGGGACAAAACUACUUUAUAAAGUUUAAAAACUGUUCAUAGAAUAUGGUUUAUGCUUUUUUUUAAUGCAUGCUUCAAAGUAAAUUUGUUUUCAAAUAAAGCAGAAUGUAUUACUGCUUUAAACUUAGAUUUGAAAAAAUAGAAAAUACAUAAAUAAAAAAAAAAGAAAGAAAAAACUUCAAGCCCCUUCAACUUAAAAUUCUCUUAGAUUCACAUUACCUUUUCACAUUACUUUCAGAACAAAAAUAAUAAUCAAUUGUAAAUCAAUGUAAAUAAAAUAUUCAUUACCUAGUGUUCUGAAAUAUUCAUACAUAUAAAGUCCCGUUUGAAAGGCAGAACAUCUAAAUCUUGAUCUCAAAGCAGGGUCUCUAUGUGACUUCUGCAGAAAAGUUGACUCUACGCAUGCGCACUACUCUCACAGACCGUCGAAGACAAGAAUCCCACGGUCUGUACCAUUUUACCAUAACAGGGAUUUAGGUUACAACCUGGACUCGCGUCAGCUGCCAUUCAUUACUCAUAUAUAUAAUAAAGUUCUUUUUAAGAUGUUUAAAAUAUAAAUAUUAAUAACAGUGUAUAAAACAGUGCGAUAAAUUAAAGAACAAAAAAACAUAUGUAAAAACUCCCCUUCAAUUGACCCCGUUGGAUCAAGUUGAAGGUUUGGCUCAAAAUGGCUGGAGAGAAACAGUUGUGAGAAUCGACGGCUUUUCCUAUUUUCGGUGGAAAAUGAGUAGUUCUGUCGUUUGAAGGCGCAUCCUCCCGAAAACUGGCGAUUCGGGGGGAGAGUGGCGAGGGGGGCACAGGACCCAAAGCCUGGCACCACCCUGAGUGAGGCGGAUUGAGGGACCAGCCGACAAGUCCGACUCAUCUAGUUGUUGGUAGCAAAAGAGACCAUCCCAUCAGAUGAAGAGCCUUCAGUUUCGGAGCAUUGCCCCCAAGGCCCCAGCUGUGGUGCCCUCCCCAUCCCCUGCAGCCCUGCCCUGCCAACCUCCAUCUGUCCUUCCCGAGGGUACCACUGCCUCAAGCCCCAAGUCCAUCCUUGUGCCCGCACAAAACUAUGCACUCAUGCAAAUAGCAGGUCAAGAAGGUACAUUCUCUUUGGUGGCGCUCCCCCCUGCUGUAUCUUCUCAGACGCCACAGCAACAAACCCAGACAAUUCAGAAGAACCUCAAGUUACCAAUACCCAGAUACCAGUCGAUGAGGAACAAGGGGUCUUCUGAUAAGGUAAAAUCCCCAACACUGGCUUCCAACUUAAAAGUGGCCUCCAGUACUCAGACGGUGGUGAGUGGAGUCAAGAAGAAGAUACAAGAGGCCAAGUACGCAAGUGAAACCUUUAUACCAAAAGAGGAGCCUUCGGAGCAGGUCAUUCUCAUUGACCCAACCUCCUCGGACAUCUCUGUCAGUGCUCUCCUACCAGAAAACGCUGUCCUCUAUCAAGGUUCUCAGCUGGAGCCGACGCCCGACAGCUCAGAACGACCUGCAAGCCUCAUUCAAAAGGUUGAGUUUCCUACUCCUGCUGCUGCCACAAGCUCCACUACCAAACCCUCUGAGGAAAAUCAAAGUCUGCUGUCAAAACUUACUGCAGCUCAGACUCAGAGCGGCAUUGCUGUCCUAUCACCGGCCAUUUUCAGUAAAGCAGUCCAAAUUAUUCCUUCUCCACCGAAGGGUAAGCUGCCCAUUCUACCCUACUCUAAAAUGAAGAGUACCCUCAUCCCAGUGAACAAGCCCAAUAGUCGAUCCCCAGAAAGGAAAAAUUUCUCUGUACAGUCAGGACUACAGAACCCCUUAGAAAGUCCAACCAAGAAACUAAAGUCGACUGAAGCCACAACCAAGAACCAGGUACCAAAUUUAAUUCAACAGCCCCACAUUAAGGCCACACCCGUGUCUGUUACUCUGCCAAAACCUCCUGGCAAAAAGAGGGGAAGAAAGAGGAAAACCGUGGAAGACAUUUUGGCCUUUGAGGCUCGAAAGAAAAGGUCUUUGUCCUUCUUCCGAAGAAGGACUCCUGAGAAAGUACCAGCAGUUAUUCCAAGUUCCAAACAGAAAGAGUUUGACAUUUCAAAGAAAUAUCGCACCAUUCGACCUAAGCCUGUGCUGGUGAUGGAAACCGUUCCCCAGCUUGUUAGCUUACCCGCCAUUACUCCCAAUAGCAAAGAACAGGAACUCCUAUUCAGUCCUCAGAUCGCUACGACAACCAAAGUCCUUGACUGUCUCCCACAGCCCGCCUCGGUCAGUGUCCACCUCAGAGGAGGGUCCCAUCCCAGGAUGUUCUUGGGAAGCCGUCCGCUCUACUGCUGCUCCAUCUGCAGCCGCUGUUUCCAGUUCAAGCACCACCUCCAGAGCCACAUGAACACACACACCAACAGUCGGCCCUACAUCUGCCCCUUGUGCCGCAAAGCAUACGCACACAGAGGAAGCCUGAGCACUCACAUGAAGCUUCACCACACCGAGGUCCGACCACGCCGUUCGCUGUGCUGCGAGUUCUGCCAGAAGGCUUUUGGAUACGUGGGGGUGUACUUUCGUCAUCUGAGAGAGGUUCAUAAAGUGGUGCUGACGGUGGAGCCAUCAGUCUGCCAACACGAGGAUUCAAACAGAGACGCCUCACCAGAGCCAGAACAAGAUCCUGAAGACCCUGUGGAGCUACAAAUCAAAUGUGGCCGCUGCCAGGCCGUCACUCCCACCUUUGCUGACAUGAAGAUGCAUUUGCUGUACGUGCACGAAGAAAACAUUCCCACCCAGCCUCACGAUGGCCAAACGCUGGGCAAUCGCGAUGCUGAGAACGAGCUGGUGAAGCACGCAGCUCAUUACUGGCGACAGCUAAAUGAGAAGCGCAACCUGGUCAAGUGUGGCAGCUGUGAUGAAGAAUUCUUCUCCCUCUUCAAGCUCAAGAAGCACAUUAUGUCCCAGCACUGUGGUAAGCUUGGGGAGGGCGGUGGAACAGCAUCCCUACUAGAUACCACUGGGAACUUUAGCGUACUGGCAGCAGGGGCAGCUUUUAACUGUGUGCUCUGCAGCAAAGUGUUGGCCACUAAAGAGAUGGUUAUGGAGCACUGGAGGAGUCACCACCACUGUGAACAGUCCAGCCUGCUGUGGGAUGCUCUGAGCUCCUACCCCGGGCAGGAAGAGUGGGAGGCAGACGGGGGUCUGGACACUCCUGAUCCAAGCCCAGAUUAGAUCUUUAAUGUAGCUCCUUCUCAAAAACACUCAAAAUCAUCAGCACAUGGUUCAAAAGUUGCAUUAAACCUUUUUAUAUAUGAUUCACCAUACAGGUAUGUAAAAAGCGAGUAGACUCUAUCUAAACUUUAGGUAUAAUGAGUCACAAGAUAUGAGGUAUUAGAACUAGUUACGGUAUUACAAUUAAAUUACUAUAACUCCUUAUAACUUUCUACACUGGGAUAUUUUAUUUGGAGAUAUUGAUUAAGAAAGUUGCAUGAGCAGUUGAAGAUCAUUACGCGUCAAUAGAACACUUGAACUCCAAGCAAGUUCACCUCAAAGUCAAACUUUGUUUUGUUCUUUCUGUCUAUCAAAUAUCAUCUAUUUACCUAAAGUCAGGAGAUACACCGGUGCGUCUGUGGUACAUCUCACUUGCAUUGCUUGGGGAGUCCGCCUCAUGACCCCCAAUUACUUCACAUUGUCUCUGCUGCGUCUCUAGUCCGUUCCCCUCCCCCCGGCCUCUGGAGACGGUGUUUGUCCUGCCACCCCCCUAUCAAGCAGCACCAAGUCCAUGGUAAAUGGACUCUGUAAAAAGUGAAACAUUUGAUCAAUUAGCAAAAGUUCGGUAAUAUGUUACAUUUUAAAUUAUUAGUUUUAAUCAAAUUAAACUAAUUUAGAAAGCGAAAAUUUAAUUUGAUAAAA